UUCGGUUUCUUGUAUAGUUAUGAACAUUUCAGUAUCGAUUGAUCUUUGGUCUGGGUUUCUGUAAUCUUGUGCGAUUGAUUGGGAAAGUGUCAUCAUUUGGAUCUGAUUGCUUAAUCGUUUCUCAAGAUUAAAGCUUUUCAUUUUGGGGGAUUAAAGAUAUGUUUUUUUUUUUUUUUUUUUUUGGAGAGCUUAAAGAGAUACACUUUGUGUAGGUGGUAACUAGUAUAGAAUCCAAUCACCAUGGGUGAGCACAAUAGGAAUCCAUUUGCGAUUGCAAGUGCAAGUGGAAACGCAGGGGGAGGAAGUACAAGUGCGAGCUCAGACUCCAGUUUUAGUAGCAGUGUGGCGGAUACAGAUGAUGACCAAACCAUUGCACGUAUGUUAGCUGAAGAUGAGAGCUUAAGAAGAGAGCAGGGCAAGCUCGGGAGGAGGCUCUCUCAUUUGGGUUCUAUCCCUCACACUCCUCGGGUUAACAGGCAAAUACCCGACGUAAAUGAUGCAACGUUAGACCAUGAGCUGCUCUCUGGGAGGUUGGCCACAUAUGGGCUAGCUGAGUUACAAAUGGAGGGGGAUGGCAAUUGCCAGUUCCGAGCUCUAGCGGACCAGCUUUUUCGGAAUGCAGAUUACCAUAAACAUGUAAGGAAGCAUGUUGUAAAACAGUUGAAACGGCAACGCAAGUUAUACGAAGAAUAUGUGCCUAUGAAAUACAGACACUACAGAAGAAAGAUGAAAAAACCGGGUGAAUGGGGAGAUCACGUUACUCUUCAAGCUGCUGCAGAUCGUUUCGAAGCCAAGAUCUGCUUAGUCACAUCAUUUCGGGAACAAUCCUACAUCGAGAUUCUUCCCCAUAACAAGAACCCUCUUAGAGUGGCUUGGCUUAGCUACUGGAGCGAAGUGCAUUACAACUCGCUAUACUCUGUUGGAGAUGUUCCCACAAGAAAACCCAAGAAGAAGCAUUGGCUCUUCUAGGAUUGAAUCCAGAUUCAUGUAUACCAUAUAUGUAUGUAUAGGAUCUUCCUCAGAUUGUGUGUAAACUUUGUUGAUAGCCUCACUCUUUUACAUACUUACAUGCUUUAUCGCUGGUUCUCUCAAUACUUUCAUUGCAAGGGACCGAGUAAUACUAUAUAUUUGUUAUUUGUAA